AUGCCUGGUGGUAACAUCACUCUGACUACAGGAGCACAAUCACUGGGGGACUGCAUAGAUUAUGACUGGUGUGAGAGUCCCCCGACCCCUUGCCAGAAUGGUGGACAGUGUGUGGAUCGGAGGAAUGGCUACACGUGCACAUGUCCAUCAGGAUAUCUGGGAGACUACUGUGAGAUCCGGCGAUCCUUUUGUCAGAGUGCUCCAUGUUACAAUGGCGGCACCUGUCAAGAUGAGACCAAUGGGUAUAACUGCACCUGUUCAGAAGGGUUUGGAGGACUGAGGUGUGAGGAGGACCUUGUGGAUGCGUGUGCUGGACCCAACCCUUGUCUGAACGGUGGGAAGUGUCGGGAUCUAAGCAGUGGCCUGGAUUGUGUCUGUGUGUCAGGGUAUACAGGAGAGAGAUGUGAGCAGCAGGCAGAUGAGUGCAGCUCCAGCCCUUGCCUUAACGGAGGAACCUGCACAGACGAGCUGAACGGUUACACCUGCCAGUGUGCUCAGGGUUUCACAGGAAGAUCUUGUCAGGUGGACAAGGACGCCUGUCUGUCCCGACCCUGCCAGAAUGGAGGCCGCUGUUGGAACCUGCCCGGACAAGGCUUCAUGUGUAACUGUACUAAAGGAUUUGAGGGACCGCUGUGUGAAGUGGACAUGGAUGAGUGUACCUCAGUCCCCUGUCAGAACGGUGCACGAUGUGUUGAUGGCAAGGAUGGUUACAAGUGCCUGUGUAAGGCUGGCUGGUUCGGAGACAGGUGCCAGAACAACACGGAUGAUUGCAUGCCCAAUCCUUGUCUGAACAAUGGCACCUGUGUGGACUCCAUAGGAGGAUACAGAUGCCAGUGCCUGCCUGGUUAUGGUGGAUCCAUUUGCCAGGUUGACAUCGAUGACUGUGAGGGGAACACCUGUAGGAAUGGAGCCAGGUGUGUGGAUGGGAUCGACGGGUACAGCUGUAACUGCACAGAGGGGUGGGCAGGCACAUUCUGCGAUGAGGACAUUGAUGACUGCCUUGCUGCCACCUGUCUGAAUGGAGGCGUCUGCAGGGAUGGUGUUAACAGCUACACCUGCGACUGUCCCAGAGGUUAUACAAGCAACGACUGUUCUGUAGGUCCUGCUAAGAUAACUUAUCGUGUAAAGAAUUCUUAGCUUUGACAUUAUGAU